UGCAUGCGCAGUAUCCUCAUUUGGCCUUAGAUGCGCUCAUAGUUUUCGUACGCAGCUCGGCUCUGACAAACAACACUUUAGCCCCUCAGAGUCCUACUUUACACGCCCUGCUGACGAGAAAAUCUACCGUGUGGGUUCGGAGUGUGGGACCGGCCGACCAUCAGAGUAAGAAAACCCAGGAUUUUACCAGACGAGCACUGCUGUGACGCUGUUGCCGUAGUAACCGUGUUCUACCUCUGGUGCCUCGCUGCAUGACUUCAGAUGACAGACCCUCGAGAGGAAACCUUCCUGACCCCGGACCCCCCUCUUCCCGUGGACUCCUGACAGGGUGACACAUUCGUCAGGCCCACUGGGCUCAGCUGUCAGCGGGGCUGAACACCUCCACUCGGACCGGUGGAGGUGUUGAGGAGCUGCUCGCUCCCCCCCCCCACCUCCCUCACAUCUGUCUGCUUCAGGAAUAUUUUUUCUUCUGGUUGACUUGAGUCCGGUUCUGCCGGCCGUGUGAGUUUUCAAAACUGGGGCGCGAUUCGUGGGAUGCGACCAUGUCGGAUCUUAGCGAGCGCAGGCCGGUCAACACGGACUACGCUGUCUCCCUGCUGGAGCAGCUCAAGUUCUUCUACGAACAGAAGUUACUGACAGAUGUGGUGCUGCUGGUGGAGGACACGGAGUUCCCGUGCCACAAGAUGGUCCUGGCCACGUGUAGCUCCUAUUUCAGGGCGAUGUUCAUGAGCGGCCUCAGUGAGAGCAAGCAGACCCACGUCCACCUGAGGAACGUAGACCCCGCCACGCUGAAGAUCAUCAUCACCUACGCGUACACGGGGAACCUGGCCAUCAGCGACAGCACGGUGGAGCCGCUCUACGAGACGGCCUGCUUCCUCCAGGUGGAAGACGUCCUGCUGCAGUGCAGAGACUAUCUGGUGAAGAAGAUAAACGCUGAGAACUGCGUCCGCAUGCUGAGCAUCGGCGACCUCUUCAGCUGCAGCGAGCUGAAGCAGAGCGCCAAGCGCAUGGUGGAGCACAAGUUCCCCCGAGUCUACCGCCAGGAGGCCUUCCUGCAGCUCUCCCACGAGCUGCUGAUCGACAUCCUCAGCAGCGACAACCUCAACGUGGAGAAGGAGGAGACGGUGCGCGAGGCGGCCAUGCUGUGGUUGGAGUACAACAUGGAAGCUCGCUCGCAGCACCUGUCCUCCGUCAUCAGUCAGAUCCGCAUCGACGCGCUGUCGGAGGUGACGCAGCGCGCCUGGUUUCAGGGCCUGCCGCCCAACGACAAGUCCGUGGUGGUGCAGGGCCUCUACAAGUCCAUGCCCAAGUUCUUCAAGCCUCGGUUGGGCAUGACCAAAGAGGAGAUGCUCAUCUUCAUGGAGGCCAUGCCAGAGUCGCAGGGCGAGCGACCAGUCAUGUCUACGGCCGUUCCUACGACGAUAGUGUGCUACAGCCCGCAGGCGGAGAAGGUGUACAAGCUGUGUAACCCCCCAGGAGACCUGCAGAAGGUGGGAACCCUCGUCACUCCAGACAAUGACGUGUACAUCGCCGGUGGGCAGAUCUCACUCAAGAACUCCAUCGCCAAUCACGGCAAGAGCUGCAAGCUGCAGGCCGUGUUCCGCUCGGUCGAUAGCUUUUUCUGGUUCAACGCCCAGCAGAACGCCUGGGUGCCCAAAACCCCCAUGCUGUGCGCCCGCAUCAAGCCCUCGCUGGUCUACUGCGACGGCUUCAUCUAUGCAAUCAGCGGGGACAACUUUGGAGGAGAGCUGAACAAGCGCACGGUGGAGCGCUACGACUGCGAGAAGGACGAGUGGACCAUGAUGAGCCCGCUGCCCUUUGCCUGGAACUGGAGCACCUCCGUGGUGGCGCACGACUGCAUCUACGUGAUGACCCAUGACCUGAUGUACUGCUACUUCCCUCGAGCUGACACCUGGGUGGAGAUGGCCAUGCGUCAGACCAGCCGCUGCUUCGCCUCCGCCGCCGCGUUGGGCAACCUCAUCUUCUACAUCGGCGGCCUCCACGUGGUCAGCAACUCCGGCAUCCGCAUGCCGACGAGCACCAUCGACGGCUCCUCGGUCACCGUGGAGAUCUACGACGUGAACAAAAAUGAGUGGCGUCGGGCCGCCAACAUCCCCGCCAAGCGCUACUCGGACCCGUGCGUGCGGGCCGUGGUGUUGCUCAACGCGCUCUGCAUCUUCAUCAGGGAAACCCACAUGAACGAGCGCCCCAAGUACGCCAUCUACCAGUACGACUUGGAGCUGGACCGCUGGUACCUGCGGCAGCCCGUGUCGGAACGCGUGCUCUGGGAUCUGGGGAAGGACUUCCGCUGCGCCGUGGGGAAGCUGUACCCCUCCUGUCUGGAGGAGUCUCCGUGGAAACCCCCCACCUACCUCUUUGACGGAGCCGAGGAGUUCGAGGUGGACGGGGAGCUGGUGACCUUCCCUCAUGUAUAGCUCCUAACCCAGCCUCCCUCCCUGACCUUUGACCUGUCUGUAAUACCCAGGCCUGAACACAAGGGGGGGUCGUUUUGGGAGGGAUGGCCGGACUUUAAGACACUCGGACUGAAUCGAUGCCUCCGAUCAUCUGACCGUUCUGGUUCUGUUUGUUUCAUUUUGCCGUCGUGACUUCUGUUAGGUCGGACGUUAUCCGUCAAACUGGUUCCAUUGUGAUGAUCUCAAACUAAUAUUGUGAGGAGGAUGAUGAUGAAGAUGCACUUAACCGGUAAAUCAUCUGGUUAUUACGGCAACUGUACCAAACCCCCCCCACCCCGCACCACCACCAGACCAGACCGCCUUUCAGCUCCUCAGCCCCCCGUCGUCCUCCUGUUGUUACCGCUGAAGAAACACUCUGCAGAAAACCGAACCUCUGCGCUUCUCCAGGUUAAAACCCGAGACCCGAUGCAAACUAAUAUAAAUGUGAUUUAACGCCGACUUUCUAACCGGACGUCAGAUUAGUCGCGAAACAUCCGAAUCACAGCUGAAGAGCGCCGAUUCUGUGUGUGGAUCGGGUUACGUCUUUAAAAACUAUGAAAUCUAAACCACCGGUUUAAGUUUGGGGGAUUUUAAGCAUAAAGACUUUAUAAAUCAGUUCAGACAGAUGAAGGAAAGCAGGCGAAGUCUGCAGGACGACCCAGGCGGGUGAGGCGGGGCGUAGGGGUGGGAUUCAGAGCUCACCGGGACUCUAGUCCAGGUUUUCCUCUCAAAGUGUCUCAGUUUUUAUUCUGAUUCAUCCCAAAGUUGCUCCCGACCACCAUGGCGGCCGUUUAAAAAAAGACUUGUCUGAAGGACCUGAUUUUCAGCAGAGUGUUCCUUUAAACCCAGGAUGAUUUUCCUCUAAAGGCCUCGCAGACGAGCGGAGGGGCAGCUGUGGUUUCAGGACGAGCGGCGGGAAACCGGGCAGCUGCAGGUCCAGUUGCCUCUUCAUGCCCCGCCCCUCCACCCUGGCCCCGCCCCCUGUCUACCGCGUCUGCUGCACACAGGCCUUCCACACAACCAGCAGUUUACACCUCAGUGUGUCCAUCGUCACGUGGCCACGACACUUCCUUUCCUCGACUCGCAGUACAAACCGGCUCUGGGCUCAUGCAUUUUUUAUUUCUAAGCUGCUGAAAUAUAUAAAUCUAAAAUAUAUAUUUUUCAUAUGUUUAAAGACAGCUGUUCUAGUGUGGAGGUGGAAAUAACCAGGUCUAUUUUGUAUUAGUGUCUUUUUUAUUUAAUACCAGACUUUACUGUAGUGUGAUUGUGCGUAGAUCUCCAUCUUUCUUAUCCCAGGAUGUCUUUCUGAGUAAAUGCAGAGAAAUCCUUGCUGCUGAUUGGUUCAGAGACGUGAGGGCGGGUCCAGGGUUUGGGAAUCAUCCCAGCAACCUCUGUAGUCAGUGGGGAGGGGGCUCUUCCUCUCCAACUUUAAAAACAGGAGCACGGGUGCUUCAUGACAAACCGUAACUAGCAUGUUUGGCUGCAUCAUUUUCCUUUGGCACUGUAUUUUGGAUGAACGUUAAUUUAUUAAAAAACGUACCAAAAACGUUCUGAAA